CAAGCUGGGAAGAAUCUCACCCAUUACGCCAGUGGCUCUCAAUCGUCGACAAAAUGACCGAAGAAGCCGGCAAAACCCAAAAUGUCAUGAGGGCUCUCCACCUGGAGAAGCUCUGCCUUAACAUCUGUGUCGGCGAGUCUGGAGACAAGCUUACCCGUGCCGCCAAGGUGCUUGAGCAGCUGACCGGUCAACAGCCCGUCUACUCGAAGGCUCGUUACACCGUCCGUACCUUCGGUAUCCGUCGUAACGAAAAGAUUGCCGUCCACUGCACCGUCCGUGGACCCAAGGCCGAGGAGAUUCUCGAGCGUGGAUUGAAGGUUCUCGAGUACGAGCUCAGGGCCCGUAACUUCUCGCAAACCGGAAACUUCGGAUUCGGUAUCCAGGAGCACAUCGACCUGGGUAUCAAGUACGACCCUUCCAUCGGUAUUUACGGAAUGGACUUUUACGUCGUCAUGGGUCGCCCCGGUCUCCGUAUCUCGCGGAAGAAGCACAAGGCUGGCCGUGUCGGUGCGCCUCACAGGGUCAACAAGGAGGAGACCAUCAACUGGUUCAAGAAGCGCUUCGACGGUAUCGUUCUCAACAAGUAGAUUACUCCGUGCACGAUAGAGCGUGGGGGGAAAAUACUUGUGUGGGGUGUAAUAUAAACUACAAAAUCCACUUUUUGCAUUCC